AUGUUUGACUAUAAACCCCCAGUAUUCAAAAUUGGUGAAUCAUUCACAAUUACAGCCAAUAUUGCCAAUAAAGAUAUAGUUUCACAACCAAUAUCAUGUAAAUAUCAAGAAGCAAGUUAUCUUAACAUUAAAAAAGAUGAAGAUGUUUUCUUUGACAAAAAAGGAGGUAAAAUGAAAAUCGCCGGUUCAUUCUCUGAUUUAGAUAUUUCCAAAUAUCAAGUAUUACUUAAAAAUAUCGAAUUUCAAGUAACAGCAAUUGAUAAAAACUCUAUUACUGUUCAAUACCCAGAAUUUAUAGGAGACUUUUUUGGUUUUGAUUUAUCACUUUUUAUAAUUCAUAAAGAAGUUUGUAUUUACGAUCAAACUGAAAAAAUUCAAAUUGAAGAAUAUUUAGAUCCAAUCUCUGCUGAAGAACCACCUAGAAGACUCAUCCAAAGGUAG